AUGAACCACACAAGAGUGGUGGAAUUUGUCCUCUUGGGGCUGACCAACAACCGGCAGCUGGAGAUCAUCCUCUUUCUGUUUCUUAUGGUUGCCUACGUCUUGAUCUUGCUUGGAAACAUCACUGUCGUCAGUGUCACUCUGGUGAGCCCUAGCCUUCAGACUCCAAUGUACUACUUCCUCAGAAUUUUUUCCCUGCUGGAAAUCACUUUCACCACCACAUUCAUUCCCAGCACCCUCUACAGCCUUCUGACAGAGAGGAAGAGGAUCUCCUUGCCUGGCUGUUUCCUUCAGAUGCUGCUUUUCUUUUUCUUGGGCACCUGCACUUUUUUCCACAUGGCAGCGAUGUCCUUCGAUCGCUUUGUUGCCAUUUGCCUCCCGCUGCAUUACACAACAAUUAUGAAGACCAGGUUUUUUCUCCAGCUGAUCCUGACUUGCUGGGCAGUGAGUUUUCUCUUGAUGUUUCCCCCCACCAUUAUGAUUGUCCAGUUGCCGUUCUGUGGUCCCAAUGUCAUGAACCAGUUUUACUGUGACACCUCCUGCCUGUUGCAGCUGUCCUGCACAGACACAGGGUUCAUUGAAGGACUGAUGCUUAUCGUACUGACUAUCCUCAUAGUUGGUACCUUUAUAGUGACUGCUGUUAGUUACAGCUGCAUUGUUAUCACCAUCUUGCACAUCCCAUCUUCCACAGGUCGCAAGAAGGCAUUUUCCACUUGCUCAGCUCACCUGGUGGUGGUGCUGGUAUUUUACAGCACCUGUACUUACCGGUACAUCCGCCCAGCACAGCGAGGUGGGCAGGACUCAGACAAAGUGCUUGCUUUCUUGUUUUCUGUGGUGACUCAGAUGCUUAACCCUUACAUCUAUUCACUCAGGAACAAUCAAGUCAAACAAGCCUUGAAGGAGAGCAUGCUGAAGGCAUUUUCUAGCUCCCUAAGGCAGUAG